AUGGCACCCCGGAAGUCCUUGUUAGGACCGACGCUGAAGGCGUUGACCGUAAAAUACCAAGAGUUACAAGCAGCGCUCAAUGACAUCUUCAUAUUUGCUGAUAAAUUCAAGGCGGAAACAACCGCUUCCCAGGUGAGUGUGCGCUUGGAAAGUCUAAACAAGCUGUGGGAAGUUUUGUGCACUACCUUGGUGGAGAUCAAAUCCCACAAAGACUACAACCCUGAGGACGACCCUACCUACAAAAAGGACCGCGAAACGUUGACUGAAGGCUACUACCGAGUAAAAUCCCUUCUACUGGACAAGCUGAAGGAACGACAGGAAGUUCCUUGUGAACCGACCCACAACGACACGAUUGUUGGUGGGACUGAUCACGCCCGUUUGCCUCAGAUCAAGCUUCCUAUGUUCAAAGGGAACAUCGACGAGUGGCUGAGUUUUCGUGACUUGUUCCUCUCACUCAUCCACUGGAAGUCUGACCUACCGGAUGUGGAAAAGUUCCACUACCUAAAGAAUUGUCUUGACGACAAGCCCAAGAGGAUCAUCAGUGGACUUUCAACCACGUCGGUCAACUACAAGCUGGCAUGGGAUCGUUUGCAGAGGUACUACAACAACCACAAGGUACUUAAGCAGCGACUGGUGCAAUCGUUGUUUACCCUUCCAACCCUCGCCGAGGAAUCUGCCACCGAUCUGCAUUCCCUCGUUGACGAGUUCGAGCGUGUUCUGAACACCCUCGAUCAGGUGGUCUCACCCGUUGACUACAAGGAUCUUCUGCUGGUGAAUUUACUCGUUACGCGUCUGGAUCCUGUUACGCGUCGCGCAUGGGAGGAAGUAUCUACGGCGAAAGAUUUGGUUAGAGAUUCGCUAGGUGAUUUUGCAGAUGAUUCAAGGGAGGAAUCUGCUAACGACACGACGAAGGACACGUUGAAGGACUUGUGCGAUUUCCUAAACCGACGCAUUCGAGUUCUGGAGAGUUUGCCACCGAAAACUGUGAACAGUCGGGCUGUUCAACACCAACAACAACAGUACGUUCCCAAAUCCAAGGCAAAGAAGGUUAGCUACAGUACGGUGCAACAUGCUGGCUACUCGUGCGUGGCUUGUAAGGACAACCACUUACUCUACCAGUGUUCUGCAUUCCAACGGUUGGCGGUGUCGGAGAGGGACGCAUUACUCAAGACGCAUUCCCUCUGUCGCAACUGCUUCAGAACUGGUCACCAAGCCAAAAACUGCACGUCCAAGUACAGUUGCAGGAACUGCAAGGGUCGGCACCAUACUUUGGUAUGCUUUCAACAACAACCGGAAAGGGACAACGCGGUGACGGCACUCGCGGUUGCAGGGAGCAACAACCCUUCCAACUCCAAGGAAACCCAAGGUCCGACAACAUCCCACGUGGCAAACAUGGCAGCCACGAACCCAUCCGUAUCAGGCGCAGCAACCCAAGCUGCAUCCCAAGUGCUGUUGGCUACAGCAGUGCUCAUUGUCGAGGACGAUGAUGGCAAUCGGUACCCUGCUCGCGCACUCCUCGACUCGGGGUCGGAGAGUAACUUCAUAUCAGAGCGACUGGCGCAGCUGAUGAAGGUCACGCGAGAAAAGGUGGACAUUUCCGUGCUAGGAAUCGGUCAAUCUGGCACAAAGGUUAAGCACAAGAUUCACGCAACGGUGCGGUCUCGGUUAUCCAACUUCGAGCGAGACAUGAACUUCUUGGUGCUCUCCAAGGUUACGGUCAAUCUGCCAACAACAACAAUCGCAACAAAUGGAUGGUCGAUUCCGGACGGAAUUGAAUUGGCAGAUCCAGCAUUCUUCCAGUCCAAGAAGGUGGACAUCGUCCUUGGCAUUGAAUGCUUUUUCGAAUUCUUUGAAACCGGUCGGAGAAUUCCCCUGGGAGACAAUCUACCAGCGCUGAACGAGUCGGUGUUCGGCUGGGUGGUAUCCGGUGGUCUCUCGGUUCCAUGCAACUCCACGCAAGUGAAGUGCAACGUGUCAACCUCAGAGAAGAUGGAAACUCUGAUGGCACGGUUCUGGUCGGCUGAAGACGUCGGUUUGGACGACGCAUUCUCUCCCGCUGAAAGACGCUGCGAAGAGAACUUCCAACACACGGUUCAACGGUUAUCCGACGGUCGGUAUUCCGUCUCCAUGCCCAAGGUCGAAGGUGGAAUCUCCAGGUUGGGCGAAUCCAAGGAAAUUGCGUUGCGACGGCUGCACGCAACCGAGCGCAGACUGGCAAGGGACGCCAAUUUGCGGAAACAGUAUACAGAUUUCAUGAACGAAUAUCUGGAACUGGGUCACAUGUCCAAGGUCGAAGAAACAACUCCAACCCAGGUCAACCGGUGUUUUCUACCGCACCAUCCGGUGGUCAAGGAGGCCAGUACCACCACCAAAUGCAGAGUUGUUUUCGACGCUUCUUGCAAAACAUCUUCUGGAGUCGCGCUGAACGAUGUGUUGCUGGCAGGGCCGGUAAUCCAAGAAGAUUUGCGCUCUAUCAUUCUGCGGAGUCGGAUCAAGCCGGUUAUGCUUGUGUCUGACGUAGAGAAGAUGUUCCGUCAGAUCAUGGUCCACCCAGAGGAACGGCCAUUGCAAUCCAUUCUGUGGCGUUUUUCUCCGGACGAGGAAGUUGGCAUCUACGAGCUGAAAACCGUCACUUACGGCACCAAGCCCGCUCCAUUCCUCGCAACCAGGACGCUAAAACAACUAGCGACGGAUGAUGGACCUCGAUUUCCGCUUGCUGCACGGGCAGUCAACCAAGACACCUACAUGGAUGACGUCAUCACUGGAGCUGAAGACGUCCAAUCAGCAAUCGAACUUCGGAAGCAGCUAGACGAGAUGAUGCUACGAGGCGGUUUCAAGCUUAGGAAAUGGGCAUCAAAUCGACAGGAAGUGCUAGCUGGGAUUGCUGAGGAAAACCUAGCGAUUAGCAUGGAGGAAAUCAACCUUGACACGGAUCCUGGAGUGAAAACUCUUGGUCUCACAUGGAUGCCGAAAACGGACACGCUAAAGUUCCAGUUCAAAAUUCCCGAUUUGGACAAAGUGCCUGAGCUCACCAAACGCUUCAUUUUGUCAACCAUUGCCCUUCUUUUUGAUCCUCUUGGACUGCUAGGACCGGUCAUCGUAACAGCCAAGAUUUUCAUGCAAUCUCUGUGGACGUUGCUGAACCCGAACGGAGAACGUUUGGAUUGGGAUGAGGUGGUACCUGAAAUGGUGGGUGAGGUCUGGAGGAGAUUUCAUUCACAGCUCGCUUUGCUCAAUGAACUUCGCAUCACUCGUUGCGUCAUCUGCCCUGAAGUGUUCAAGAUGGAAUUGCACUUCUUUUCUGACGCAUCUGAGAAGGCCUUUGGAAGCGGUGCGUAUUUGAAAAGCGAAGAUCCAAAGGGCAGGAUAUUCGUGAACUUGCUCACAUCCAAAACCAAGGUGGCACCGUUGAAGAGCCAAGCGAUGCCAAGAUUGGAACUUCGCGGUGGCGUUUUGUCUGCUGAACUCUACGUGCAAAUACUGCAAUCGCUGAAGAUCAAAAUUCCAACCUUUUUCUGGGUCGACGCCAUGUGCGUGUUGUACUGGCUACAAUCACCACCAUCAACAUGGGUCACAUUCGUCGCCAACAGGGUGGCCAAGAUUCAAGCUCUCACGGAAGGCUGUGUCUGGGGACACGUGCCUGGAGUUGAAAACCCCGCAGAUUUCCUGUCACGUGGAGUCAUGCCAGCAGAUCUCAUCGACUUGGUACCAUUCUGGAAGCCAGGCUGGGUGAAAAAGACGAAUGAGCAACGCCAACCACAACCGAAGAUCGUGACGACGGAAGAAGCAGAAGAAGAGCGAAGAAACACUGCGGCAUCGGUAGCUGCAGCAACUACGGCUGAGUUCAACGUUUGGUUCAUCUCUCACUUCUCUUCGUAUCCCGAUCUGGUCAGGCGUACGGCGUAUUGCAUGCCAAAGGAAAAGCGGUUCAAAUCGGACUUGUUGACGGUUGCGGAGCUGAAAGAAGCAGAGUUCGCAUUAAUAAGGCUCGUUCAGAAGCAAGCUUUCGCUGAUGAAUGGAACAAACUAACCAAGGGGAAACCAGUUGCGAAUAGUUCACCACUGCGGUGGUUCAACCCGUACAUUUCCGAUGAACAGCUCAUUCGAGUGGGAGGACGCUUACGUCAUUCAUUGGAAUCCGAGGACACGAAACAUCCCAUCGUACUUCCGGCUAGGCAUCAACUCACACGACUUCUUUUCCGACAUUUCCACGAGAAAUUGCUUCACGCUGGUCCACAGCUGGUGUUGGGAGUCGUUCGAUUACGCUUUUGGCCACUUGGGGGCAGAAGUGUGAUCAGAGAGGUGAUCCAUCACUGCAAGGAGUGUUUCCGGUCGAAACCCGUGGCUGUUCAGCAGUUCAUGGGAGAAUUGCCUUCUGCUCGGGUUACCACCUCGCGACCGUUCGCGCGUACAGGUGUGGACUACUUUGGACCACUUUAUGUGCGCCCAGCCCCAAGACGACCUGCAGUUAAGGUUUACGUCGCACUUUUUGUAUGCCUCUGCACCAAGGCUGUCCAUUUAGAGUUGGUAACAGACUUAUCCACAGAGCGUUUCAUCCAGGCACUUCGACGAUUCGUAGCCAGGCGGGGAAUCUGUGACGACAUCUAUUCCGAUAACGGAACGAACUUCGUUGGUGCUCGUAAUAAAAUGGCUGAACUCCUGUUGCUGCUCAAGGACCGUAAACAUCGCGACAUCGUCUCCAAGGAAUGUUCAAACCAAGGAAUCAAAUGGCACUUUAAUCCACCCAGCGCACCACACUUCGGAGGCCUCUGGGAGGCCGCGGUUCGAUCUACAAAGAAGCUAUUAUUAAAAACAAUCGGCGAAACACCCGUUACCGCAGAAGAUCUCAACACGUUGCUGGUCCAGGUGGAAGGCUGCCUCAAUUCUAGGCCGCUAACUCCGAUGUCCGAUGACCCUAACGACCUGGAACCAUUAACACCGGCACAUUUUCUCGUGCAGUCAUCGCUGCAAGCUGUUCCCGAUGUUGAUUUGUCAGCAAUUCCGAUGAACCGGCUCGACAAAUUCCAGACGAUGCAGCGCAUGCUGCAAGAUUUCUGGACUCGAUGGCGGAGGGAGUAUUUGUGCCAGCUACAGGGACGGGUCAAGCGCUGGAAGCCACCAAUACAGAUCGAGGCCGGUAAGCUUGUGGUCAUCAAAGACGAGAACUCACCACCAAUGCGAUGGAAGAUGGGAAGAAUUUUCGAGGUACACCCAGGCGAAGACGGAGUGGUUAGGGUAGUAACGCUGAAAACCGCCGACGGCUAUCUCAAACGUCCGGUGGAGAAACUGUGCAUACUGCCACUUCCGGAGUACAGCGACGCCAUGGAAUCAACGGAUGCAGAUCUUCACACCCAAUCCUAACUUCCUAUCCCUAUUCCCACAUCCCCGAAGAGGUUUUUUUUGUAUCUUUUCAGAAACUGGUCAUUUCUGGGUGGGUGAGAUGUUGGAGUGGUCACGAUUAACAACCCUGCAUCUACUGUCGGGUCACCACUGUCGGGUCAACUGUGACCAUCCAACGCGAGUGACCACUCUUAUCACGGCUGCACGCGACCUACAGCAGCUGAUCGCGGUAUUGGUGAUCGCGGUGAUCCUCUCGCGAGAUGGACGAUCGUGAUCGCUGAUAGGACCAACACCAACAGCAGGAUGCACUUUUCCGGGGUCGAUGACCGCCGGGCCGGGUUGAUGACCUGACCUGCCUCAACGAACGACGGGAGCAGCUGACCUGCUGCGAUUUUUAGUUUUUAAGAUUUAGAACCUCUCGAACCGGCAGAUCGAAACGGUCGAUUCUGCGCCUAUCAGGCAAUUUAAAUGUGUUAGGCUUAAUAUUAAUAAAUGUAGUUCGUUUAACUUUCGUUUUGUGCAGUAAAAUUGUGUUUUAAAAUUAAAGUGCUGUUUUUCUGUAAUUGCGUGUUGUUUUAUUGUGAAUUGGCAAGAAACCCGGAAGCCACCCCACGCACGGACUACCCAACGAACCAGGACCAGACCAGCCAGCCCAAUCCGAUCCGGUCGAUGCUGGGGACCACCAGAGCUGUCGAAGGCUAAGUUGUACUCCGGCUCCCCAACAGGAGA